UGGCAAAAUAAUUACAAUUUAGCAAUUAAACACUGGAAUGAUAGAUGUGCAGAAGAUGAAUGUGCAAGUAGAGACACUGGGGUGCAAAGGAGAAAGUUGGAAUUGGCUUUGGGGAUGACUAGUGAAAUAUACCUGUUGGAGCGCCUUCUACGGGUGGGAGUUUCUAUGGUGACCAGUGAAAUAUACCUGCUGGAGCGCGUGCUGCUAUGGUGACCAGUGAAAUAUACCUGCUGGAGCGCGUGCUGCUAUGGUGACCAGUGAAAUAUACCUGCUGGAGCGCGUGCUACAGGUGGGAGUUUCUAUGGUGACCAGUGAAAUAUACCUGCUGGAGCGCGUGCUACAGGUGGGAGUUUCUAUGGUGACCAGUGAAAUAUACCUGCUGGAGCGCGUGCUACAGGUGGGAGUUUCUAUGGUGACCAGUGAAAUAUACCUGCUGGAGCGCGUGCUACAGGUGGGAGUUUCUAUGGUGACCAGUGAAAUAUACCUGCUGGAGCGCGUGCUACAGGUGGGAGUUUCUAUGGUGACCAGUGAAAUAUACCUGCUGGAGCGCGUGCUACAGGUGGGAGUUUCUAUGGUGACCAGUGAAAUAUACCUGCUGGAGCGCGUGCUACAGGUGGGAGUUUCUAUGGUGACCAGUGAAAUAUACCUGCUGGAGCGCGUGCUACAGGUGGGAGUUUCUAUGGUGACCAGUGAAAUAUACCUGCUGGAGCGCGUGCUACAGGUGGGAGUUUCUAUGGUGACCAGUGAAAUAUACCUGCUGGAGCGCGUGCUACAGGUGGGAGUUUCUAUGGUGACCAGUGAAAUAUACCUGCUGGAGCGCGUGCUACAGGUGGGAGUUUCUAUGGUGACCAGUGAAAUAUACCUGCUGGAGCGCGUGCUACAGGUGGGAGUUUCUAUGAUGACCAGUGAAAUAUACCUGCUGGAGCGCGUGCUACAGGUGGGAGUUUCUAUGAUGACCAGUGAAAUAUACCUGCUGGAGCGCGUGCUGCAGGUGGGUGCUACUAUGGUGACCAGUGAGCUGAGAUAAGGUGGUGCUUCACCUAGCAAAGACUUUUAGAUGACUUGGUUUGGUAACGAAUAUGAAGCGAGGGUCAGCCAACGAGAGCAUACAGGUCGCAGUGGUGGGUAGUAUAUGGGGCUUUGGUGACAACGGAUGGCACUGUGAUCCAAUUUGCUGAGUAGAGUGUUGGCUAUUUUGUAAAUGACAUCUCCGAAGUCGAGAAUCGGUAGGAUAGUCAGUUUUAUGAGGGUAUGUUUGGCAGCAUGAGUCAAGGAUGCUUUGUUGCGAAAUCGGAAGCUGAUUCUAGAUUUAAUUUUGGAUUAGAGAUGCUUAAUGUGAGUCUGGAAGGAGAGUUUACACUCUAACCAGACACCUAGGUAUUUGUAGUUGUCCACAUAUUCUAAGUCAGAACCGUUCAGAGUAGUGAUGCUGAACGGGCGGGCAGUGAUUGGUUGAAGAGCAUGCAUUUAGUUUUACUUGCAUUUAAGAGCAGUUAGAGGUCACAGAAGGAGAGUUGUAUGGCAUUGAAGCUCGCCUGGAGGUUAGAUAACACAGUGUCCAAAGAAGGGCCAGAAGUGUAUCAGAGAAUCACCAUGAUCUCUGAGUGUUGGAGUGGGCCCCUGGCUAUCUGUAAUGAUGUCUGAGUGUUGGACUGGGCCCCUGUCUAUCUGUAAUGAUGUCUGAGUGUUGGAGUGGGCCCCUGGCUAUCUGUAAUGAUGUCUGAGUGUUGGAGUGGGCCCCUGGCUAUCUGUAAUGAUGUCUGAGUGUUGGAGUGGGCCCCUGGCUAUCUGUAAUGAUGUCUGAGUGUUGGAGUGGGCCCCUGGCUAUCUGUAAUGAUGUCUGAGUGUUGGAGUGGGCCCCUGGCUAUCUGUAAUGAUGUCUGAGUGUUGGAGUGGGCCCCUGUCUAUCUGUAAUGAUGUCUGAGUGUUGGAGUGGGCCCCUGUCUAUCUGUAAUGAUCUCUGAGUGUUGGAGUGGGCCCCUGUCUAUCUGUAAUGAUCUCUGAGUGUUGGGGUGGGCCCCUGUCUAUCUGUAAUGAUCUCUGAGUGUUGGGGUGGGCCCCUGUCUAUCUGUAAUGAUGUCUGAGUGUUGGGGUGGGCCCCUGUCUAUCUGUAAUGAUCUCUGAGUGUUGGAGUGGGCCCCUGUCUAUCUGUAAUGAUGUCUGAGUGUUGGAGUGGGCCCCUGUCUAUCUGUAAUGAUCUCUGAGUGUUGGAGUGGGCCCCUGUCUAUCUGUAAUGAUCUCUGAGUGUUGGGGUGGGCCCCUGUCUAUCUGUAAUGAUGUCUGAGUGUUGGGGUGGGCCCCUGUCUAUCUGUAAUGAUCUCUGAGUGUUGGAGUGGGCCCCUGUCUAUCUGUAAUGAUCUCUGAGUGUUGGGGUGGGCCCCGGUCUAUCUGUAAUGAUGUCUGAGUGUUGGAGUGGGCCCCUGGCUAUCUGUAAUGAUGUCUGAGUGUUGGAGUGGGCCCCUGGCUAUCUGUAAUGAUCUCUGAGUGUUGGGGUGGGCCCCUGUCUAUCUGUAAUGAUCUCUGAGUGUUGGAGUGGGCCCCUGUCUAUCUGUAAUGAUCUCUGAGUGUUGGGGUGGGCCCCUGUCUAUCUGUAAUGAUCUCUGAGUG